UCCACGUGUGAGAGCAGCACAGUCACAUUGGCAGGUCCACAGCUCCACGAUGAAACGGCCAAAGUUAAGGAAAGCCAGCAAGCGGCUCUCUUGUUCAAAGCGUUAUAAAAUACAGAAAAAGGUCCGGGAGCACAACAGAAAGCUAAGAAAAGAGGCAAAGAAGAAAGGAGUGCACAAACGAGCAAAGAAGGACCCCGGUGUACCCAGCAGUGCUCCCUUCAAAGAGGAGGUCCUCAGAGAGGCAGAGGAGAGGAGGCAACAGAUAGAAGAAGAAAAACAAAGAAAGAGACAAGCUAAAAAAGAGGAGCGAGCCCAGAAGAGGAAAAAGGAGAAAGAGGCUGAAAGUAAAGAAACAGAACCCAAGGCCAAGAGGGCUCGGGAGGAUGAUCUUAUAAAGCCCUCAGAGAAACAGACCCCCCCAGACAAGAAUUCAAAACAGUACCUUUGCUCUCAAUUAAACAAGGUAAUUGAUGCGUCAGAUGUAGUGUUAGAAGUCCUCGAUGCUCGCGAUCCACUGGGGUGCAGGUGUCCACAGCUGGAGCAGGCGGUGCUGCAGAGGGAAGGCAACAAAAAACUUCUUUUGGUUCUAAACAAAAUAGAUCUGGUACCAAAAGAAAAUGUGGAGAGGUGGAUACAGUGUUUACAGCUGGAGUUUCCGGUGGUGGCGUUUAAAGCAUCAACACAGAUAAAGGACAAAACAGUGCAAGCCAAGAAGCGCAGGAUAGUGGCCUCCAAUGAAGUCCUGGACAAAUCCAGAGCAGCAGCCUCCUUUGGGAACAGCUGUCUCGCUAAGCUCCUUACAAGUUUGGCUAACACACAGAAUAAUGAUUCCCUCAGAGUGGGCGUAGUUGGUUUUCCUAAUGUGGGGAAGAGCAGCAUCAUUAACAGUAUGAAGGGGAUCCUUGCAUGCAAUGUCAGUGUCAAGAGAGGCGUCACAAAAUCCAUGCAGGAGGUGCACAUCUUAAAGAAUGUGAAGCUAAUAGACAGCCCAGGAGUCGUAGCCUCACCGUCCAACCCACCAGCCUCUAUGGCUCUGAGGAGCCUGCAGGUGGAGGAGGGUCAGGAGACUGUGCUGGAGGCUGUCAGGACUCUGCUCAAGCAAUGCGACAAGACACAGAUCAUGCUUCAAUACAAUGUCCCGGACUUCAGGAACUCUCUGGAGUUUUUAACCUUGUUCGCCAAAAAGCGAGGGUAUCUGAAGAAGGGCGGAGUCCCUAACUCAGAGGAGGCAGCCACAGUUUUCCUUGCUGAUUGGACAGGAGCCAAGAUGAGCUAUCACUGUAAGCCACAGGAGAACCACAGCCUCCCUGCCUACAUGUCCGACGCUGUGGUCGCUGAGAUGCAGAACGGCUGGAACCUAAACCAACUGAAAAAGGGCAACGAGGAAACUCUGAAAGGCGUUAAAUUCCCAAACCAGGCCAGCAGUAUAAGCCUCAUCUCCAAAGGCCCGACUGCAGGCCUGCUCAGUGUCAGCUACAUUUCUGAAGAAAAACCUGGUGCUGCAACCACAGAGGGAGAGGCAGGGCUGAAUGACAAGAAUACUGAGCCUGAACAAACCACAGAGGACACAAAUGAAACAGCAGAACCGGAGAAACCACAGAAGGCAUCACUCAAAAAAAAACCAGGCCAUGUGCUGUUCCAGUCUGUCCCCAUUGACCUCAGCCUCUCUACAGAUGACGCCUAUGACUUCAACACAGAUUUUAAAUGAGCUUUCCCUUCACACCGUUUCUUGAUCUUGUGCCUGUGUUCAUGUUAUCUGGUGGCUCUGCAGACUGUCACAUACAUGCUGAUGUAAAGGAUCACUGUCAGACAGACAAAGUUGAUUCAGAGUCACAGUGUGAAAGGCAUUGCCUGGGUGGAUGGUUUCAGGACCUGCUUCAAACUUUGAAUGUGGAAGACCAGACAAGGACUAAGCCCUGCCCAGGAAAUUGACUUUAUGUGGUUUUGUGUAUACACUUCUCCCAGAUGUUCAUUUGUAAUAUUUUCUUCAUGCAAAAUACUGUAUAUAGACGACAUAAACGUAAUAAACCCAUU